AUGAUUGGGGAAUUCGAUUGGAAGCUCGAGCAGACGAGCAAGGGCGACACCUGGAGCCGCUGCCUGGACAUGCUGUGGAGGGGCGUGGAGAGGGCAGAGUCCAGCGAGGUGAACUUUGUCCCCACUCACCAUUGGAUACCUCCCAGCGCGGACCGCUCCAAUGAGGUCGGGGGCUACUGCCUCAUGUCAGGCACCAACGGCCACAACAAGUGCAAGGGGUGGUCCGACCAGCUGGUGUCUGAUUUCAGGGAUGGCAUGACUGUCUGCUUUGCAGAGGCGCUGCGCCUUGGCCUGACCAUUGGGAUUCGCCCCCACCUGGACGACGGCACUGGUCACGGGGCGUGGCGCAAUGCCCUGCUGCUUGAGCCCAGAAAGCGCUACAAUGGCGCCUCCUAUUACGACAUCAUGCUGGCGCCCCUGGCUGACGCCAUGCGCAGCGCCCUGGAGCAGACCCAGGGACUCCGCAAGGGCCAGCCAAAACCCACAAUUUACUUUGCCAUGCAGGGCGAGAUGAGCGCGACGGUGAUGCGGUACCCUCGGGAGUGGGGCGCCCUGGUGGAGCCCCUGAGGAAGCGCGUGGGGCCGCUGGCGGCCGUCAAGUUUGGCAUCGGCCUCAACUGGAACCGCCUGGACGACACCAGCUCGACAUCGCAGACUUACCAGUCCUCCCGCCUGAGCUGGGCCGCCUGGGCGCUCGGCCUGUCCGACUUUUUCGGCCCGGCCGGCUCCGCGCCGCCGCUCGACGCGGCGGGCCUGCGGGCGCUGUUCCAGCAGCACCUGCAGUUCGUGGGCGUCAGCGCGUACGCGCCGCUAAGCGGGCCGGGGUUUGCGACCAAGGAGCUGGAGAACGCGGCGUUCACACUUGGGGAUGAGAUGCGGAACAUGGGCAUUGAUAUGCAGGGCCUGAUUGACAGCGGCGCCCUGGAGCUGCACUACAGCGAGUACGGCCUGGGAGGGGGGGCCCGCUACUCAGGCACCACCAUCGCGACCAGCCCCUCAGAGGUCGCCCUGCGCCCCUUUUUUGGGAUCUACGGGCCCUACCGCAGUGCCUCCGACCCUUGGUCGCUGCCGGCCAACCGCGCGCUGCAGAGGGAGGUGUCCAAGGUGUUCAUUUGGUGCCUGGCCAGCUGGGACGUCCUGGGCGUGUACCCUGAGGCGACGACGAGCGAGGGCAGCUACCACGACCCCACGGUCUCCGCCCUCGUGCGGGCCCACAACGCAGCAGUGCGAAAGUAG